GCAUCGGACGAAAAUUUUUAAAGAAAGCAAUCACCAAAUACCUCUUUUUUAUUUUCUGUGCUACCAAAUCUUGAGAUCGGCAUAUUAUUUUUCACACAACGCUUGAAGUUCAAUCCGGGUUUUCUCAAUAGCAAACAUAACCUGCGUAAGCACCUAUACCUACAUUAUAACCCUCAGUUCGUUUACAUUUCGUAAGAUGCAGGGAUCCAAAACGGAAAGCGGCUCCAAUGGCUCAAAGGGAGAGAACCUUGAAAAAAAUAUUGAGUCUUCAGAUAAACACGUGAGCUCUGAGGAAAGGAAAAAAGAUGCUGACUUUGAAAAACUCAGAGUGGAGGCUGCAGAGGCAAUGCGGAGGGCGGAUAACGCAUAUAAACCCUACAGUGAGACAGACAAUCUGUAAGCCAUGGACUUACGGAUUCAAAGGGGGACGAAUAUGCGUAUUGCUUACCAUGAACACUAUUAAAGUAUUUUUCUAUAACGUGAAAAUAUUAUGCCAUUCGUAUUUAACAUCAUUAUUGUUAUUAUUAUAAAUAGUUUUUUUAUUAUUAUUAUCUUUUGGUCAUAGCCGAGGUGAUAUCUGCUAUGGAAAAAUGAGUAAUUUGACUUGUUUCCCUUGGGAGUGCAUAGGGGUGACAUUCUUGGUUAAAUAGUUUUUUUUUUCGAUUUAUGCAAUUAUAUGCACAUAUUAUCUACACACAAAAAAAA